GGUAUUGAAGUAAUAUAUACAUUAGUUUCUUUAUAUACAUAUAUACAUAUAUAUGUAUAUAUAUAUAUAUGUACGUGCAUAAGUGCACAAAUUGUAAACGCGCUUCUAUACCCUCAUUAUUUUCUUCAUUUUUCAUUUGGGAAAAGUGCUUGGGGCAACGAGUUAGAUGUAUUAAGAUGGAGAAAGUCGACGAGUAUUUGAAUGCAAGCAAAUUACAAUAUCACGAUACCUCCGAAAUCGUAGAGGAAUUUGACAAAGAGUUAAGGGAAAUGCAUGGACGAUGCAUCGACCUUGGUUGCGGCCCAGGACAGGUUACUGUAGAACUGAUCUUACCAAGAUUGCCACGGGAAUCCGUGAUAAUCGGAGUUGAUGUAUCAAACGCCAUGUUGGAACACGCAACGAAAAAUUAUCGCGAAAAUCCACGCCUAUCUUUUCUUCAUCUGGACAUUGAAACCUCAAAUUUGCCGCAGGAACAAAUAGCACGAUACGACAAUGCCGUCUCCUUUUACUGUCUUCAUUGGUGUCACAAUACGCGGCUGGCCUUCGAGAAUAUCUUCAAAUUACUUCGACCUGGUGGCAAGGCAUUGAUUAUGUUCCUCGCAUACAACGACGGUUUCGAUGCCUACGUCAGAAUACACGAGAAUCCACGUUAUCAACCGUACAUGCAGGAUGCUCAUAAAUUCGUCCCGUAUUUUCAUCGUAGCAACGAUUCAAGAGGCGCUCUUAGAUCCAUCCUCGAGGAUAUUGGAUUCAAUGUUCUGCAUUGCAGCAAACGAGAAAAGAGCUUCGUAUAUCAGAACAUUCAAAGUUUAAAAAAACACGCAUUAGCUGUAAAUCCCUUUAUAUCGAGAAUACCAGAGGGUGAUUUAAAGGAAGAAUUCGAAGACAUUCUGAUCCGAGAAAUUAUCAGCCGAAAAAUUCUAUUUCCAAAUAAGGCCGACAAAUGUCAACAAGAGUAUAGCGUAUUAGAUAGAUAUCACAUUUUGGUGACGUAUAUGGAGAAACCUUAUACUAACAUAUCAACGCGUUAUAUCAUAACGCCUUUUAAUUAGAAACCACUGAUAGAAAUUGAAAUGAUAAAAGGAAAAAAGAUAAAGAUUAAUGAAGAAAGACAGAAAUAAAGAAAGAGUAAAAAAAGAGAAAAAGAAAAAAAUGAACGAUUCAAUGUCCUACGACAAUAAAGUUUAUUGUAUACUGUGCCUUUAAUUUUACAAUACAAUACAGCCAUUUAUAGAAUAUCGUUAUAACUCUUGAAUCAUCAUGUGGUAUCGUGUGUGGUUUCUUAUCCACCAAAGCAGGUAACAACUUUUUCUCUAAAUUCCUUUCUUCUUUUUUUGUCUAGAAAAUACAUCCAGUUUGACGGCUUAUCUUAUGGUUUAUUAACAGCAAUUUUAUACAUAUAUAUGUAUAUAUAUAUAUAUAUAUAUGCGUAUAAUAUAUAAGUGCGUGUGUAUUGUGUGCGUAUAUAUUAUAUAUCGAUACGCAAUCUAUUAUCCAAAUUUUAACAUGCAC